ACAAAAAAAGCCUCGGAUUCUCUAUUUCUCUUCACACCUAACAAAAAUCUCUACCCUCUAGGGCUUUGCUUCAAUGGCGAUUUCUCUUACGGCAGUUGUACUACUGACGACGGUGGUGUUGAUGCUUUCCGUUGAGCUUGCCGCCGGAUAUACAUUCUCGUCGAGGUUGAUUCACGGGUUCUCAGAUGAAGCGGUGUCGUUUUGGGCAUCUAAAGGGAAGAGUAUGACGUGGCCGAACCGCGAGAGUGUGGAGCAUAUGAGGUUGCUACUUAGUAAUGAUUGGAAGCGACAGAGACUUAAGCUUGGUUCGCAGAAGCAGCUUUUGUUUCCAUCUGAAGGAAGUGAAACUCAUUUCUAUGGAAAUGACUUGAGUUGGCUGCAUUAUGUGUGGAUUGACAUAGGGACACCAAAUGCAUCAUUUCUUGUCGCCUUGGAUACUGGAAGUGAUCUGCUCUGGCUCCCUUGCAAUUGUGUACAAUGCGCUCCAUUGUCUUCAAGCAACUACUCAAUGUUGGAUAAAGAUCUGAAUGAGUAUAGCCCAGCACGAUCAAGCAGUAGCAAGCAUCUAUCUUGCAGCCAUCAAUUAUGUGAACUGGGUCCUAACUGCCGGAGUCCAAAGGAACACUGCCCUUAUACUGUUAACUACUAUUCUGAAAAUACAUCAAGUUCGGGUUUUCUUUUUGAGGACCAAUUGCAUUUGACUUCAGUUGGUGGACAUGAACAUCAAGGUUCUGUGCUAGCUCCUAUUGUUAUAGGCUGUGGUAGCAAACAAAGUGGCAAUUAUUUGAGUGGAGCUGCUCCAGAUGGGGUGAUGGGAUUAGGGCCAGGAGAAAUUUCUGUUCCAAGUUUGCUGGCGAAGUCUGGAUUUGUUCCACACUCAUUCUCAUUGUGUUUUGGAAAGAGCAAUUCUGGCACAAUUUUCUUUGGUGAUAAAGGGCCUGAAAAUCAAAGACGAAGUUCAUUUGUAUCUUUGGAUGGAAAUUACAAUACCUAUAUUGUUGAAGUUCAACAUUAUUGUGUUGGGGGUACCUGUCCAAAGCAAAGUGGAUUUCAAGCCUUAGUUGAUAGUGGGUCUUCCUUCACCUUUCUCCCUUCUGAAAUCUUUACAAAAGUAGUAACUGAGUUUGAAGAGCAAAUGAACGCUACAAGGUUAGCUAUAGAAGAUUUU